UCAAACUAAAAACAUUAAUCCUGAAUCUUGAAUAUUGAAUCUUGGAAUUUAGACACAUCUUGUUGUUGCAAUGGUGUCACAAGCACAUAAAACCCUCCAUUUUACACCAUGGAUUCUCCUCAACUUCAUGUUACUGAUCCUAGUUUCAUCAAACUCCGAUCUGGUUUCGCACUAUACGGACUUUGUCUACGAGCAAUGUCGAAACGAAACUCGCAUUCCGCACACGUUGGUGUCAUCCCUCAUGCAAGAACUUGUAGAGAAAUCCACUGAAUCCAAGUUUUACCAAACCAGCUCCGGCGACGACUUCGUCGCUAUAUCAGGCAAGUUUCAGUGCCGGCAUGAUCUCACCAUAGAAAGUUGUCAUGAUUGCAUAGUAAACACCGUCACAAGAUUAACAUGUUCGUCAGGUUCUUUGGCUCGGGUUCAGCUCAAAGGGUGCUUCAUGAGCUUAGAGCCUGAGCCCGAGCCUCGACCUGAGAUUGGAAAUAGAAGGAUUGGUACCGAGGGUUUGGUUGGUGGUCGGAAAGAUUACUUGCAACACAAGAAAUGUGGUGAAAGGAGGUCAUGGUUAGAAGGGUUAGAGGAAGUAAGGGAUGUGGCUUUUGAAAGUGUCGCUAAAUGUGUGACGAGUAGUGGCGUUGGGUAUUGUGACAAGAGAUAUGAAGGGAUGUAUGCGAUGGGACAAUGUGAGGGGAGUUUGGAAGUGUGUGAGUGUGGGGAAUGUGUCAGUAAUGCGUUUCAAGUGGCUCAGGAUGAAUGUUGGGGGUCUGACUCAGGAGAGGUUUACUUGGAGAACUGCUUCAUUAGCUUUAGUGACUAUCAACCUCAUAAAGGAAAAGGCGCUGAGGGAGGUUCCGGUAAGAUAGCAGCAAUGGUGGUGGGUGUAGGUGUUGCUAUAGCUCUAUUGUCUACCCUUUGCUACUGCAUCAGAUCUUCGACAAGAAAACAAGAUGAUUGGUGAAGAUGAUAUGCAACAUGUAGACUUUCGGCGUUCUGCCAGACUUGUUCGAUCGUUUAGAAUUAUGUUUGUACAUAUGGACUUUGUAGUUCGAUUAAUCGAAAGAUCAUAUUUUACAACAUAACAUAGUGUGACACAUGUUUUUACACUUG